AUGUCCGAGCACACCAUCAACCAGACGAUGGCCCAGAUCAACCGCACCAACACCACAUCCCCGGCCUCGAUCCUCGUCGACCCCGGGCCGAUCUACAACUCGUACACCGCCAAGGCUGCCCCACCCCUCGCCCCCCGGAAAUCCUGCUUCAGACCCCUCUGGCUGCUCGGCUUGUCGCUCUACAUCCUCUCCCAAGUCUUGGGCAGCACGCUUGCCCUGCAGUACAUGCGCUCAGAAUACGUUGCACCUCUCGGAUCCGCCUCCUUGAUCUUCAACUUUCUAUUUGCACGAUGGUUGCUGGGGACGAAGAUCACGACGCUAGAUGCGGUCGGCACGCUAGUGGUGAUACUGGGCGUCGUGGGGGUGAUCGGCUUUGGGAACAUCCGCCUCAAGGUAUACGACUCAACGCUCAUCGUACCCGUGCUGUUUGCGACAUACACAGGCAGUGGAUUUAUCAACUCGUUGAUCUAUCUCCACGAGCUGCCACAUUACCGGACAACAGUCCUACUGAUGAUCUGGCUAUGCAUGGCAGUCCUAGUGAUUGGGGUGUGCAUCACGGCGGAUCCGGAGGGCGAGGCGCAGCAGACGGCGAUCGGGCGGGAAGAGGCGGUGGGCAUGGUGAUGAUCACCGCGGCCCACCCGAUCAAGAAGCGCCGCUCGCCCUCGAUCCACAGCCACCAGCCGGAGAUCGGCGAGUAUCAGCUGCGCCACUCCUCCGAGUCCGGCAGCGUGCGCUCGGCGGUCGGCCAGCUCACCAAGACCCUCCGGCCCACCCCGGCCGACCAGCACCCUGCUCAUCAGCUCUUCGGCCGCGCCGGACUGGGUCGAGCGGCCCUCCCCGCCGACAACCCGUUCGACGACUUCGAGAUCCUCGGCGACGAGCAGCUCCCCGAGGAGCGCGACCACCCCCUCAGCGGCGAGUCGUCCGGCGAAGACGAGAUCGACGGCUUGCAGGACAACUCAGACGGAUACUUUCACCCCCCUAAUAAACCAGACCCACCUCAUCGUUAUUCUUGA